AUGCCGGCCUACAACUCCAUGUUCAAUGCCGACCCCAAUGUCCCUCGAUUAAUAGGCAACUUCCCUCUCCUGCCGCUCCGAACAAAGACCCGCGGUCCUGCCUACACCCUCCCCUUCCCGAACCCUCCUCUGCCCGCCAACGAGUCUCCCGACCCGGACAGCGAGAGCUACGACAUCCUCGAUGAGGUCCUCGCCCUCUUCCGCGCAAACACCUUCUUCCGCAACUUCGAGAUCCAGGGCCCCGCCGACCGUCUGCUUGUCUACGGAAUCUGGUUCGUCAGUGACUGCCUGACCAAGAUCAAGCCCAGCGCCGGUGUCCGCGAUGCUACCAAGGAUGUCCUGAACCUCGCCCUCGACACCAACUUUGCCAUUCCGGGCGACCCGGCCUUUCCCCUCAACCAGAUGUACGAGCCUCCCCGCGACAGACAAGACGCCGAGCAGCUGCGUCAGUACAUGUCCCAGGUCCGUCAGGAGCUGGCAGCGCGCUUACUGGCGAGGGUCUUUGACGAGGGCGGCGAUGGAAAGCCGAGCAAGUGGUGGCUGAGCUUCACCAAGAGAAAGUUCAUGGGCAAGGCACUGUAA